AGCGCAUUGACGCUGCAGGUCUGCGGGCCGGUGAGCAUGAGUGCGUGAAGGUGUCCGUGUUAUUGUGUUCCCCUCGACAGUCUCGCCGCCGCGCAUCAUUCCGGAGUAAGCGCGGCGUUGCAAACGAGACGAAGAGAGAGAGAGAGGGAAAAGCCAGUGGCGGGGCUGGGCAAGACGGGAACGUCGCACUUACUCGCGUCUCUGGGCGCGUCGCUUCGUCAUCGCUGCGUGAGAGAGAGAGAGAGAGAGAGAGAGAGAGAGAGAGAGAGUCAACACCUGUGCAGAAGAAGCAAAGGUGUCCGAAGGAAGAAAGGACACACAGGUGUGUCGAAAAUUUCCAACCUCAAAGCGCGAAUCUUCGGGAUGAAGCUCUUGGGCGUGAUCUUCGUCCUCGGACUGAUGCAUUCAGUCUAUUCACAAAGAACACCCACCAUAUCGUACAUCUCUCAAGAACAAAUCAAAGACAUCGGAGGCACUGUGGAAUUCGUGUGCUCGGUGCAAUACAGCCAGGAUUAUCCAGUGCUAUGGAUAAAAGUCAAUAAGAAUAGGGAGGAUCAACUGCCCAUAUCUACCAACACUGCUCUCAUUAUUCGUGACAGCAGAUUUGCUCUCAGAUCUGAUCCAUCUUCUUCAACGUACACUUUACAGAUCAAAGAUAUUCAAGAAACAGAUGCUGGCUUCUACCUCUGUCAGAUUUUGAUCUCUACCAGCAGCAAGAUCUCUGCUGAAGUAGAGCUGCAAGUACGUAGACCACCUAUCAUCAGUGAUAACUCCACUCGUUCAUUGGUUGUGAGUGAAGGUCAACCCGUGGAGCUUAACUGUUAUGCUGGAGGAUUUCCCACACCUAGAAUCUCAUGGCGCAGAGAGAACAAUGCCAUUCUACCCACUGGAGGAUCAAUCUAUCGUGGAAAUACACUGAAGAUCGCUCAUGUCCGCAAGGAGGAUCGUGGCACAUAUUACUGUGUUGCUGAAAACGGAGUCGGACGAGGUGCCCGACGAAACAUCAAUUUGGAAAUUGAAUUUGCUCCUGUCAUCACUGCUCCACGUCCGCGUCUUGGCCAAGCGUUGCAGUACGACAUGGAUCUAGAAUGUCACGUGGAAGCUUAUCCACCACCUGGUAUUACUUGGCACAAAGACGAGGUUCAGCUAUCCAACAAUCAACAUUACAGCAUAUCACACUUCGCCACUGCCGACGAAUACACCGACACCACUCUUCGUGUGAUCACGAUCGAGAAGAAGCAGUACGGCGAGUACGUGUGCAAGGCCGCUAAUAAGCUUGGCACUGCCGAAACUCGAGUUGAACUUUUUGAAACCAUUAUUCCUGUAUGUCCACCCGCUUGCGGUCAAGCAUAUUACGCAGCCAGUAUAAUUCCACUAUCUUCUGGAGUGAUGGUAGCCGUUGCCUUAAUCGUAGCUACAAUCAUGAGAAGUCGCAGUUCCAAAUAUUAACUACCCAGGACUACGAUGGGGCGGCAGCCAACGUCAAGGGGCAUCGAUGUGGCUGCUAACCGUGUCUGCGAUCUUUACAUUUACUAAGUGCAUUACUUAAGUAUCUCGGAUUCGCUGCAAGACAACCAAGAUAGUAAGAGCAAUGAAGAUAAGACGCAGGAGAUCAGAACAGUAUUACCUGAUCAAACUGAUUAUACAUUCCCUCCAAGGUCGAAUCUCCCUACGGCGAUUCGCCGACUUUUAUACCACGGAAUCUCGUGAAACAUGAUAUUAGGGUUAGUUAAUAAUGCCUAGUUGAACAUUUUUAUAUACUAAUAUACUUGACAAGAGCGCCGCAGCUCUAUUUCAGCAAGCAAUAUUUAGUGCAUUAAGCAACGAAUCAGAUGGACCACAAUUUUUAUACUCUAGCCAUCGUCGUUUCUUUUUUCUCUCGACAUAUCUCAAUGCGGAUCAAAUAUAUAUGUAUUACGAGUAGAAUCUCGAUAAGUUCUACGUCACUCUUUUGCGACGCUGUUUAAUGAUACUAGAUAUUAGGCUUUUUAUACCCGUUCGACGGACUAGAGAACACGUUUUUUCUAAUACGACCGGUAAUCAUUGUAGCAUUGUAACGAAAAUCAUGUUGUUUUUUCUAUAUAUUUUCGGUAUAUAAUUAAAAAAAAUGCAAUACAACUUUUUACAAUUUAAACACAGCCUUGCUUAUCGUACCAUUCUUGAGAGCGUCCAGAGCUACAUUGUACUCGGAUAGCUUGAAAACCUUGAUCCCUAGAUUGUCGUACUGUAGAUAGGAACUGGCCAUGGCCUUCAGCAGACCAAUGCCUCUCGAGAACGAGAAUGGAUUAAUAUUGACUCCAUAAAUAGUUAACUCUUUCUUGUACAUCUGAAAACAAGCGAUAUAAACUGUUACGAGCGUGUCUAGUUGGUAAAUUACAAACUGCGUAGAAUUGUGCAAAUUACUCACUUCGUACGGGUUUAUCUUAAUGUUGACCUUCGGAUCGGCGACUCCGAAGAUGCAAAAGCGUCCACCUCUGGCCAGAAGAGGAAUCGCUGACUCCAUGGCGGGCCCACUUCCACUGCAAUCCACAAUAACGUCGUACUCGUUACCUUUAAGCUCAGCUGGGCUAGUCACUUGGUAAUCCAGACCUAAAAGAACGACUCGUUAGUCCCUCGUUAAAGUUUUCAAGAUUCUGAAAAAAAAAUUUCAAUCUUACCCAUCUUCUUGGCCAUUUCCUUCCUUUUGUCCUGCGGCUCGGAUACUGUGACGGUUUUCCUGAGACCAUGAAGGUGAAGAAUGCUUGACCAGAGUAGACCAAUGAUACCCGCGCCCAGCACGAGCACUUUCUGGCCCACGUGAAUAGGAUUCAUUCUCUUCCACCCGUGUGCAAGACACGACAGUGGUUCGCUCAAAGCGGCUUGUUCCAUUUCUACUCCCUCAGGCACAUGGUAUACCUUUAAUUUUGUAUAAAAUUGUUAUCAACUUUUUGUUAAUCUCAAAUUUUUCGUAUUACAGUAUUGAGAACCCUAAUAUAUUAUGUGACAAAAUAAUCGGUAAUUUUUAAACACAUGUUUUUACCGUUUUUAUAUUCUUAUUUUUUCUCUGGAUACCAAAUAAAAAUAAAAACGAGCUGAAAAACGUAUCAACUAUAAGUCCAACAAAAAGUAAAGGCCAUGCUUGAACUGAUUAGAUUCUAAAAUUUACUGCUAAAUAGACUGCGAACUUGGGAAUAAUAAAAUGUAAAACAAAAUUAAGGA